AUGGAGCCUAAUAACGACAUCCGUGGGCUGAGCUCUUACUAUCACCACUCACAGCUCCACCACCAAACCACCACUCUACCAUCACCACCCCACUCCGCCGCUGCCAUCGUCGCCACAAAUUCCUUCCCCAUAAAUGCAGUUGUACCCAACAGUGCAACAACCAACAACAGCGGCUACCCACGCACCGUUCCUUCAGCGGUAUCGUCGCCUCUGGAGACCGUGAAGAGAAAGAGGGGAAGGCCAAGAAAGUACGGGACCCCCGAGCAAGCCGCUGCUGCUAAGCGACUCUCCAGCUCGGCUUCUUCGGUGGCUUCCCCCAAGAAAAGGGGCCAGGGUUUGGCGGUGGCUGACACUAUUGGCUCUUCGUCUUAUUCUUCCAAGAAAUCCCAGUUGGCUGCAUUUGGCAUUGUUGGCCAAGGCUUCACACCUCACAUCAUCUCCGUGGCAGCCGGAGAAGAUGUGGGUCAGAAGAUCAUGUCAUUUGUGCAACAGAGCAAACGUGAAAUUUGUAUUAUGUCAGCUUCUGGUUCGGUCUCUAUUGCAUGUCUACAUCAGCCAGCAUCAUCUGGAGGCAGUGUUACAUAUGAGGGGCUAUUUGACAUCCUUUCUUUAUCUGGAUCUUACACGUGCACUGAACUUGGAGGGAGAACUGGAGGACUUAGGGCAUGUCUAUCUAGCGUUGAUGGCCAUAUCAUUGGUGGUGGAGUUGGUGGACCCCUUACCGCUGCAGGACCGAUUCAGGUAAUUGUUGGUACCUUCCUAGUAGACACGAAGAAGGAUGUUACUGGCAAGCCACUGUCACCAAUUGGUGGGGCAUCCGCGUCUAGUCUGACCUUCCGUUCACCUGUUGAUUCUCCUCAUCAAACUGUUGUUGGAAGUCAAUACAUGAUACAGCACCAGAGCAUGCAAUUAACACCUUCACAUGUGAUGGAAUGGAGAGAUGCCCACCAAUCUCCUGAGAAUAGCGACUAUGAUCCCGUUCCAGAAUAG